CAUAUUGCUAGAUCACAUGUCCGGAAUAUUGUUUCAAAUUCAUAGAAUUACUGUUCGAAUAUUCGGAAAUAGUAGGUUAUUAUUUUAAUAUCAUUUUUAAAACAUGUCGAUGCAAUCUAAUAUGAUUAACCAGCAUGUUUCUCAUCAGUAGACCGGUGAAAUCGAUAGCAUUUCCAAUCAAUAUUUGGUAAAAGUAGGUAAUUGAAUUUUGUGUUGCUGGGCCAGUUUUAACUAAAAAUCGGUAUUGUGAAUUCAUAUAACAUGAAUUUAUUAAAUCCUGUAUUGAUAAAGAUUUUAAAGGUUAUGUUUUUAUAAUAUAAAAAAGUAAUGGAAGAGUUGCUUGCCUGCUUCGUCUGGUAUCAAUGUAUAAAAUACUUACCUAUUAGUAAAAGUGCCCAUCUCAGGCUUGUGUAUGUUGUAUAUUAAUUCUUAUAGGAAAGUUUACAGUUCAACUCCAUAUUCCUAAUGUAAUAUUAAAUAUAUUUUUAAAGUUUUGAAUGGAUGUUGCCUCAAAUAAUAUAAGCUUUGUGUCUUGAUUAGUGUAUAACUUAUUGAGUAGCUAGCCUGAAUUAGACCAAAGUCAGUUACUGAACUCUUAAUAAAGUGAAAUCAGUAAAGAUGGACGGUGGAGUGGUGCACCCCCAUCCAGGAGUGGUCCAUGGUGGGGUGCCUGGCGUGGUGCACGGCAUGCCAGUGCAUGGAGCAGGGCCAGACGGAGAGCACCCCCCACAUGGCCCUCGCCGUCGCUACCAGAACCGCCCCAAGCCACCCAACAAUUUAGAGCGCCUGCCGUUGGAUGAAGCUGCUAAGAGGGAAAUGGAGUCACUGCCCAUGAAGACACCUGUGUCGGUGCUCCAAGAGCUGUUGGCCAGGCGUGGCACGGUGCCCAAGUAUGAACUGGUGCAGAUUGAGGGCAUGAUACAUGAGCCUACUUUCCGCUACCGUGUUACUGUCGCUGAUUUAGUUGCAAUGGGUACCGGUAGAUCUAAGAAGGAAGCCAAACACUCUGCUGCCAAAGCUCUGCUGGACAAGCUCACCGGUGCCACUCCUGCUGAUCAGUCCACUAAUGGAACUGUGCCUGAAGCUACUACAGUAGUUUCGUCCUUUGAGGACAAGCUGAUGGGCAACCCGGUGGGCUGGCUGCAGGAGCUGUGCAUGUCGCGCUUCUGGCCGCCGCCGUCCUACCACGCUGAGAACGAUGACAACGUCACUAGGCGUCUGCCCCACGAGCGCCAGUUCACGCUGGUGUGCACUCUGCUAAAGCGGCGCGAGGUGGGCACGGGCAAGUCUAAGAAGCUGGCUAAGCGACAGGCCGCCUACAAGAUGUGGCAGGCAUUGCAGGACAACCCGCCGGAAUCCUUCGUGCCCGAAGAAGAGGGCGGAGUGGCGGCCCGCUACGCUGACCUGAAAGAUAGUAAAAUCUCCACCCUCACCACCAGUCACAGCCACAAGGUGUCGCAGUUCCACAAACACCUCAAACAGUCUGUCGGCCCCAACCUGGCCAAGUUGCAGGUGACUCCGUUGAACAACAAGGAUUUCAAUUUUGUUCAAUUCCUGCAAGAGAUUGCUUCGGAACAGUCUUUCGAGGUGACUUAUGUGGACAUUGAGGAGAAGUCCAUGACGGGCCGCAGCCAGUGCCUGGUGCAGCUGUCCACCCUGCCGGUGGCGGUGUGCUACGGGGCAGGCCUCACCAGCAAGGACGCCCAGGCCUCGGCUGCCCAGAACGCUCUGGAGUAUCUCAAGAUAAUGACAAAGAAGUGAAACACAUCGAAAUCUCGCGACAUCAACCGUGCACUAGUGUCGACCAACGCCACCAAUCGGAAAAAAUAAUGACCACAAACAAUUCAUCCAUUGGUUGACUUGUAGCUUCAGACUGCAUGUUGAUUCCAGCACUUGAUGUUCAACUUACUGUAGUGUAUAUAGUUUUGCAAUGAAAAUUGAAUUUAUUAUGUAUUUAUGUUACAAUCAAUCGCAGUACCGAAUAAGGUAUAUAUAUAUAUAUAUUUUUUAACAAUGAAAUAAUUUAAAAUGUAUUACACAUUUAAACAAAAUGUGUCAUUAUCUAUUUGUUUACAAUAGAUAAUUGAAUUAUUUUUUUUUGAUUAUUGAAGUUCAGUUUUAAGUUGCACAUUAUAUUAUCCGCCCACUUUAACAUACUGAUGUCAUAUUGUAUUAUAAAUGACACCAGUAUAUUGAAGUGGGCGGAUAAUUGUGCCUCUGAGUAUAUAUGAACUCUUGCAGUCUGAGUCUAGAAGUGUGGCACUGGUCCGUAGUGGGUGUCGCCGGGUCUCGAGUCUGUACUAAUCUUUAUCACCGCUGUCCAUCUGAACGGCAAACAUAUUGCCCAUGCUGCAGCACUUCGGGCUAUGCUGUCUAUCUGGCAUAUUUGCAGUGCGCUGAUUUUUAAUUAUUAAUCGUUUUACUAACAAUGGUAGGUUCUCUCAUGUAAGCGUUGUAUGUUCUGAAGUCAGUGAUACCUUUCAGUCGGUAUUGGUUGACAAGUUCAGGUCAGUUUGCUACGGUGUAUACAAUCUUCAACGUUCGUACUCUUAAACUGCAUUCAAGUUUGACCAAUCAUAGAGCACAUCUGCUUAUAGUUAUUUUCCUGAUCGCAGAUAAAACCAGAAUAGUAAAGUUUGACCAAUACUAUAUGAGUAUAGAGUUUAGAAUUUUAAAUUUUUAGUGUAAUAUGUGUGACCAAUAUUACAAUAUAACACACAGAAAAUUUAUAGAACCCGCAUCGACUUUCUAUAAUGUAACUGUAACUUUAACUUAAUAGCAGCGCUUAACCAUCUGUUUGAUGAGUGCUGGUCUAAAGUUGACUGUGACCUCGAAUGUCUAAACGCUCUUGUAUUACUUUAUUAACUUAACGCUUUUUAGUGUUAAGUUAAUAAAUUAAUACGGGAGCCAGUAACAGAUAUAUACGACCAAGUUCCUCUCAAGCAGUAAUUAGUAAGAUAGAUCAGAAAAUAGUACCACAAUAGUACUCGUGAACGUCAGCUAGGACUCUGCGGACCCCCCACCUUAUCGCAUUUGACGGUCAUAAGGCAUUAUGAUUCUAUUCUCUGAUAUGUCCACCAGUUAUAUUUCGAGAAGACGGCCUCCGUGGCGCAGUGGUAUGCGCGGUGGACUUAUAAGACGGAGGUCCUGAGUCCGAUCCCUGGCUGGGCCGAUUGAGGUUUUCUUAAUUGGUCCAGGUCUGACUGGUGGGAGGCUUCGGCCGUGGCUAGUUACCACCCUACCGUCAAAGACGGCAUUGUACCGGAACGCUAAAUCGCUGGCGGUACGCCAAGCGAUUUAGAUGUGUAGAAACCGAAAGGAGUGUGGAUUUUCAUCCUCCUAACAAGUUAGGCCGCUUCCAUCAUGAUAUUAACGUAAUAUGCACAAUUUGUUCAGUAAUUUGGUAGUCUUGAAAGCUUUUCGGGAGUUUAGAAAAAUGUGAUUUCAUCAAACUAAAUAGGGUAGGGAAUAUUCUCUAGUUUAUUCUUUAUUUAAACAAAGUCUGGUUAUAGUUACACAAUAUUUUUUUUCAAAUGAAAUGUACAAAAAAAAUAUUUUUUACCAAAUUUACAUAAAUGAUUAGGCUGCUACCUCCUAUUACAAGACGUGCAAUUCUGAAGUAUCAUAAUAAUUAUUUAAACUAAAUGAAGUAAUUUAUAACCCCCAGAACGGCUGGACCGUUGACCUGGCUGGAUUUUUUAAAUCUUUAAUUUUUUGGAUUUGUCUUUGCCCCAAAUGUAUAACUGUGUAGGUAUUUAACAUAUGAAAAAUUCAAGAUGAAAAUAUUAUGAAUAUUAAUAAUGUCCUCAUAUAUUUUUCACUGCAUAGAGAUUCCAUCAAAUGAACGUUCUAGACAGGAUGUAUGGCGGCGGGUCCGUCAGUUGUACAACUGAAACAUAUGUUGUGUAUAAAUUAUUUAUUAUAAUUUAUAUAAUUACGAGGGUAUAAAUUAUUUAUACCCUCGUGUGAUACGGUUUUUAUUGUCUUUUACAAUACUCGUCAGCUAUAAUUGAAGUUAAUUAUGAGAGUUGGUGUUAGAUAUUCAUUUAUUUGUUGAGAAUUUAGAAUGGGGUAUUCGUAUAAAAGUAAACCGUGAUGUCAACUGGUGCAAAGCAAUCGACACAUUCAUUUGAACUGAAAAAGGUCAAUUGAAAACAAAUGUAUAAUAAUAUUUGUUGCUUUUCCUAAUUAUCUUGUAAUACAGAUAAUUAAAUAUUUAAUUAUUAAAUAUUUAACUUUUUAUUAAAUAUUUAAUUAUCUGUAUAUAUAUGCCAAGAGAAGAAUGAAUUGAAUUCAGCACAUGUACAUAGUGUAUUAAACUGCCAAUGUGCGAGAGUAAACAGCAUAGCCCGUAAACAUAAAAGAAACAAAGUAUGGAGUGGUCAUAUUACAAAUACAAGCUAUACUUUGCAUAGAAUUAGUGUAAUUUUCCCAGCGUGGAAAUUACUCAAUAAAUAAAAAAAAAUAAAGAAAAACAAAAAAAAAAUAAAAAGAAUUGUAAAAAAAACAAAAAAAAGUGUGGACUAUAAAUUUCCAGUUUAAUAUUCAGCAUUAUUUUAGGCAUGUUUUUGCAUUUAUAUUAAAUAAAAAAAUGAAAUCAUACUUACCCAAAAUGUUAGCUUUUAAUGUAUUAUAAUAAUUAUGAAGUACUUCGAAGGUUAGUAGCCAUCAUGGUGUUUUAGUUGACGUCACUAUAGAUUUAUUUGAUUUUUUUUUCUUUGUCCGGUGUGUUAAGGAUUUUUCUAACAUGCUGAGCAUUAAACGGAAAAAUAUUCUCAGCUGGUACAGUCUUGUUGACGAACUGCCGACCUUUGCUUUGUAGUUCUGCCGCUCGGUACAAAGUGCAAGGGUUGGAACUCGCAGGCGACGCCGCUCGCCGGUUCACUUUAUUUACAUUUCACCAGUGAUCGUAUAGGUUUUCUUUUUAAAACAAUGUUGGAAAACUUUGCAGGGAAGCUGAGAACUAGGUGUUAGAGUGAGUUGUCUCACUGGAAUUAACGGAUGCGAAGUUAGGAUCCCUUGCCUGUGAAAAUGGGCAUUAUUUUAAUGCAAAGUAUAGAGGUUGUAACAAUUCUACCGUACAGCGCCGUCGUCGCUCGCCCGCUCGCAGCGAGUCGACGAGGGCUCUGCACUCGCAUAGUUUCUUUUAAAUUGAAUGGUGUGAGUUCGCCCUUACAUAACAUCGCACUGUUCAACUUAGAAAAGACUUAUUUGGAGUAAAGGAAUGGAGUUCUGUUCAACCAAGACCAACUAAAUAAAAUUAUAAUGUCCGACCAUCGAGGCAUCGAAGUUCACUUGUUAUAUUUUUAUGUUUAGUCAGUCUUGGUUUUACUUUAAAUGUAAUUAACGUAUACCUAGAUUAUUGUCACUAGUAAAAAACUUAACAUGUUUCUCUCGCUUAACUAUGUAGUUAUUAUAUCAUGAAAAGAUGUAUUUUCGUUUUGCUAUGCAUUAUUCUGCUCUUAACAAUAAAGUUUGGUGUUGCUUCAAA